AUGAAGUCGGACUCGCUGGCCGACCGCCUCGAGAGCCUCAAGCGUUUGAGCGUCCUCGCCUUGGCAAUGGGCGAAGAGCGCACGCGCGAGGAGCUUGUUCCGUUUUUGGACGAGUCCAUUGAUGACGAGGACGAGCUGCUCCUGUCGCUGGCCGAGGUUCUGGGCGACUUUGUGCAGUAUAACCUCGCGGCGGCCGAGGAGACUGUCGUGCGGGAAAAGGCUGUCGAGUCUAUCAACAAGCUCGUCGAGGUCAUGGACCAGCCCCAGGUCGAGGAGUACCUCAUCCCUUGCAUCGCGCGGCUGUCAGCUGGCGAGUGGUUCACCAGCCGCUCGAGCGCCGCUGGCCUGUACUCGGCGGCCUACGGCAAGGUCACCGACGCCAUCCAGGCCAAGCUGCGCACCGGCUUCGAGGCCCUGUGCAAGGACGAGACGCCGAUGAUCCGGCGCGCAGCCGCAUCGAACCUCGAGAAGCUCGACCACGUCAUCUCGUUCGCCAUCCCCAACUUCCGCCGGCUGGCCGACGACGACCAGGACUCUGUGCGCCUGCUGACGGUUGAGCCACUGGUGGCCAUCACCAAGCGGCUGGACACCGAGGAGUGCAAGCAGUACCUGGGCGAGAGCGUGCACAACCUGUGCACUGACAAGUCGUGGCGCGUGCGGUACAUGGUCGCUGACCACUUUGUGGCUGUCGCCAAGAACAUCAAGGACCGCGGCCUGCAGGAGGGUAUGGUUGAGGUGGCACUGAAGCUGAUGCGCGACAACGAGGCCGAGGUGCGCGGAGCCAUCUGCACGCAGCUGGACGGCCUGGCCGACCUGGCCCAGCCCGAGUCCAUCGUCCAGCGGCUGACCGAGCUUCUGCAGGAGCUGGUCGAGGACCCAUCGCAGCACGUGCGCGCCACGCUCGGCAAGCACAUCGGGUCGCUGUGCCCCGUCUUUGGCAAGGAGGGCACCAUCCAGAGCCUACUGCCCCUGCUGCUGCGGCUGCUCAAGGACUCGUUCCCCGAAGUGCGCCUCAACAUUAUCUCCAAGCUGGACCGUCGUGGGCAUGACAGCCUGUCGCGGUCCCUGCUGCCGGCCAUCGUCGAGCUGGCCGAGGACAAGCAGUGGCGUGUUCGCCUGGCGAUCAUCGAGUACUUCUUUGACGAGCAGCUGUCGAACCUGUGCAUGUCGUGGCUCGGCGACCCGGUCUACUCGAUCAGAGAGGCGGCGACGGUCAACCUGAAGAAGCUGACUGAGGUGUUUGGCGUCGACUGGGCGCGCGCCACGAUCAUCCCCAAGAUCCUGGCCAUGGCCACGCACCCGAACUACCUGUACCGCAUGACGACCAUCUUUGCCAUCACGACGAUCGCGCCCUCGGUGACCGCUGAGAUUGUGCGCGACCUGAUCCUGCCUGCCCUCGAGGGCCUGGUCAACGACCCCAUCCCCAACAUCCGCUUCAAUGUUGCCAAGAGCCUGGAACCCUGA